AUGGCUGGCAAAUCGGUUCACGACCUAUCGGUGACCGUCUCUCAUGAACACGAACACGAAUACUCCUCCGAUAUUGAGGAGGCCGAGGGCUUAGCCGCUACAUCUACUAUCAUUUCCUCUUUAUUUACACAGAUCGAUACCAUUGAAAAGGCAGAGCGCAAGUCAGCGGAGGCAUUCAGGUUGCAGCAGGAGCAGCAGCAACAGCACCUGGACACCCUCGAAAAGGAACGGCGCGAGUCAGCGGAGACAUUCAGGCUGCAAUUAGACACCCUACGAAAAUCAGCCCGCGAUAUAGAGAAGAUCCUACAUCAGCAACAUGUUGCGCGACAGAAGGCCAGGAUCAAAAGACUCCAUAAGACGGCUACGGAAUCUGCGGGGGGAAUACCUACCACUACGAAGCAGUUGGAACCCAAAAAAAGUAUUGUUACAGCAGCUUCUGCAGCAGCUUCUACACCAGCAGCUACUAUAGUAGCUACUCCAUUAGCCGCUAAAGUAGCUACUACUUCAGCUAACAAAGCCGGUACAUCAGCUUCUAUAUCAACUACCAAAGCAGCUACCGCAUCUGCUAGUAAACCAUCUACUGCUGCUACUGCCCCACAGGCUCUGAGUGAUAUGCAACAGGAUACCACGAUGGCGAUGGACGAGGACGACGACGCAGACUACUAUUCACUGCCACCGCCCCCGCCAGCACAAGCUGCGCCAGUCGCGCCAAUGACUGUCGAAGCCCCGAAAGCGACAUCCAAGCCAGUGAUCACACCAUCGAAACAAACUAUGCAAACUGGACGUACGACUUGGGGGUUCGCCUCCGAGACAUCCGCAGCGGCUACGAGUAAGCCCCCACGUCCAGUACAGAAAAUGGUCCCCAGUCGUGGCCGCCCUACACGCGGCCGUGGCGUUUCACGGGGCCGUAUUGCUAUAAGCAGCAGCAGCAGCAGCAGCAGCAGUAAUGGCAGUCCUGAACCUGAGGAGGUCCCUAGUAUACCUAGGCGUGGCGGAUUAGGUAGGACAGGGCGCCGCUCGAGGCCGUUCAGGGGGGGAGGCACCACAAGGAUUUCUGUGUCGAGCGUGGAUGAGGAUGAAGAAACACAGUUCACACCCAUUAUUCCCAGCUCCCGGAGGAACGGGAGUGGGAGCGGAUUUACGGCUGUUAAUACUCCACGUACGUGGAAUGACGAAACUGAGAACCGCGCUAUCUCAUCUUUCCCUGCAGGUGCUGGUCCCGCAUCAUCCACAAAGAAGCCAAUUCCACCAGCGAAGACGACGGUUGAUCAGGUUGCCCUAUUCACACCAAAGGACCUACGCGGCAUCUACGGAGGCGGGAAUCCAGGGCUCAUUUGCGCGACAGUCAAAUCCGAUGACAUUGCCCGCGCUGUGAUCAGAACGCAUAAUUACAUCUGUUUGUCCCCAGAUGCACAUUUUAAACCUCCGGGCACGAUUGGUGAUAAUGCCGAGAUGUUGGAUAUAUAUGGUCAGGACGACCCGAUUGAUAAGCGUGUGACGACGGUUCCAGUUCUUAGGAAAGUCGACAGGUUGUGGAUGUACUGUGGUAACUACAAAGUGGGCGAACGACGUAUGGUUGCCCUCGCGGAGUGGCACGAGGGGAGCGGGAAUGUGAAGAAGCAUUGGGCGAAGAAAAUGCAGGAUACAGAGUGGGGAAGGGAGUGGUUGGUCAGGAAGGGGUGGCUCGUGCAUGGCGAGAUCAGGAACGUCAGUUUGGAUGAGAUCUUGGGGUACUUUGCGAUUUCCGACGACAAGAAAGGCAUCCGCUUCUCGUCCACCGCGCUCCACUUCCAGGAAUACGACAAUGUCUCCUACAACAAGAUGGCCGACUUCUGUUCUCAACAAAACCACCCCAACGAUACGCCCCACGUCCGGCUCUCCACCCUUAAGUCCAACCACCUCAUCCUCCCCGCCCUCCCCAAAAAUACCAACAAGAGCCAUGUAACCAGCCCCCCCGAUCCAACUCCAUCCAAUAAACGCCGCCGCCAAGAAGGGCCAGCGCCCACCUCUGUCCGUACCAUCACUACCACGCACUCGGCGAGCCGCGGUACUACCGUCACCGCCACCUCCUCCGCGGGCCGCGGUACGAGGAGGACUAGCCGCAAUGUCAUCGACUAUCGCAUCGCACCCAUGAAUGAGUUUUCCACCGAGGAAGGGGGUAAAGGCCCGGAAGAUUUUGUGGACCUUGAUAGCGACAAAAGUGAGGGUGGCAAUGGGGGCGAGGAGGACGGUAGUGAGGAGGAGGAGGAGGAGGGGGAGGGGGAGGGGGAGGGGGAGGGGGAGGAGGAGGGAAGUGAGGAUGAGGACGGAAGUGAGGAUGAGGACGUUAUGGUCCUCGAGUAG